AUGGUGGAGUCUGCAGUGAAAACGGCGAAGAAACUAAUAACGAAAGCACUCGAGAGUGGGCGAGAACCACAGCUAGCUUUCCUUGACUACAGGAACACACCCCAGCAAGGAACACAAAUGUCGCCCGCACAAGCAUUUCUAGGGCGCAGAACGCGAACCACACUACCUACAACGGAGGUCCUCUUGCAGCCGAGAUAUGGGACACCACAAAUAGCAAAGCAAGCACAACAAAGACGAAGUGCCACUUACUACAACAAAAGUGCGAAGCAGCUCAGUGAGCUACAACCAGGACAGACUGUACGAGUACAACCAGUGGCAAGCACGAGCAAAUGGAAGCUCGGGACAAUAACGAGAAAAUGUGGACCACGUUCAUACGAAGUUCGCAGCGAGGGCCAACUUCUCAGACGCAAUCGCGUACAGCUACGUGAAGUCCCUCACCACGAGAAGAAGCACAAUGAACCAAUAUCCAUCUCUCAAAGAUGCAGUCGACCGAACCAACCCCUGUUGGACCACAAUGACCUGCUGGACACAGAAGACAACGCUUGCAACACCCCUCCAACAAUACAAGAGGAGGAUCAGCACCGGCCUACAAGAGAUCGAAGACCGCCCCGCCGUUUCAAGGACUUUCUGUUUCACUAA